ACGACCUAGUUUACCAAGGAAGCGGCUGUGUACGGAGAAGAGGUCCGUCGGGGGGAUGCUAUCACCGUUAAAAAACAUUUUAAUUACCCUGAGCUAAUUAGCGUUAUCGAGAAAACCGACAGCCUGCUUUGUUUGGGUCAUAUUUCGUGGAUACCAACACGGGAGGAAAAUGUCAGGAGAGCCAAUUGUCAUCACACUGGAACCGGCCACGGGGGCCCCGGGUUCGUUCCCCGUGGUUCUGAAGAAGAUCAUGGAAAUGCCGCCGCCGAACAUUCUGGACAGCGACGACGACAAGGAAAAGCUGUAUCUGGGAGAUAAUGUGGACCUAGGCGUAGGGGGUUGUGAUAUGGGUCCUUCAGCUGCCCUGACUCCCGCUAUCUGGGAGAAAACCAUUCCUUAUGAUGGUGAGAACUUCCACCUGGAGUACAUGGACCUUGAGGAGUUCCUCAUGGAGAAUGGCAUCCCCACCUUGCCUGACGUGGACUCUCUAAAGAGCAGCCCAGAAACUGACUCUGUGAAGACGCAGAAAGUAAAGGCCUCCUCUGCACAGGUGAAGGUUGCCAAGCCAGCCAGCGUGUCAUCACUGGCCCUGCUACCCAUUCAGGAAUUGGACAAGUGUGGGGAGGAAGUGGUGAUCAUCACCAAGAGUGACUCCGAUAUCAUCUGCGAAGUUACUGCAGAGGUGACCACUGAAGAUGACAGAGCGACCCCCGAGCCUCUUGACCCCGAUGAGAUUGAGGUCGAUAUGAACUAUGAGCCAGAUCCCACUGACCUGGUCCUGUCGAGUGUGCCUGGAGGGGAGCUGUUUGAUCCUCGCAAGCACAAGUUCUCUGAAGAGGAGCUCAAGCCGCAACCUAUGAUUAAGAAGGCCAAGAAAGUGUUUGUUCCCGAGGAACAGAAGGACGACAGGUACUGGAACAGAAGGAAGAAGAACAACGUGGCUGCCAAACGCUCGCGUGAUGCCCGCAGGUUAAAGGAGAACCAGAUCACCGUCAGAGCAGCCUUCCUGGAGCGCGAGAACGCAGCGCUGCGGUCAGAAGUCGCCGAGCUACGGAAGGAUUGUGGUCGCUUCAAGAACACAGCGGGUCGCUAUGAAGCCAAAUUUGGAGCACUUGCGGUCCUGGAAGAAGACUAAUAGAAAGCAGAUGAUUUAUGAAUUUUUUUGGAAUGAAUAAAUAAAUCAAACCAACAGGGCUGAUACGUGCAAACACUAAAAUCGAUCAGAUGAAGAAGAGGAGGGCAUUGACUGGUGUUGCCAUGGAGAUGCUAUAGCAUGUAAAGACCUAACAUUUAUUUUUCAUUUCUGGAGUGUAUUUUUUAUUUUUUUUUGGUGAAUUGGAUUAAUUAUCCAUAUGAAUGAAAGGAGUGUGAGAGGAUAUUCAAAGAGCUUCUUCAGCAAACAACUUUGAUGAAGUGUACUUUUAUCAUGUUUUGUAUGCCUUUGGCCGAAAGAGAUAAUUUGUGAUGUUUAUUUUGGUGAAACUAUGAGUUUUGUUUAUUUUUUAAACGAUAGAUGAUACUUUGUUAGCAAUUGCAUUAGUUAAGACUAGAAUAGUCAUUAUUAAGGUAUUGUAGAAACAAUGAUUUGCAGCUGGCUACCAAUUCUUUCCACAUUUGAAUGAAUUCUGAAACCUUUUUGUUUUCAAAUUUAUAUUAUAUGGCAGAUUAUAUGCAGAGCUGGGCUUUUCUUUGCCCACAAAAAACUUUUUAACUUGCAACAUUUCCAAUAAAUGAAGCUUCUUCAGGGGAUUACAGUGGCGUGACUAAAAGAGUCCAGCCAUGUUCACUUCUCUUCACCUAAAUGUACUCAUUACCCGAAGCACAGAGACAAACAAACACUGUGCUCUCAUUGUCGAUCUUACUUUCUAGACUUUUUUUUCCCUCCAUGUUACAUUGAAUUCAGGCUCAUUGGACAUUAAAUACUCAGUUACAAUGCAAGAGAAAGUUUUUGAAAUACUAAGCUUUGGGUAUAUUUCAAGUAAAUUCCUCAAAUGUAAGGUCUUACCAUCUCUCCCCAAUGAGCUGAUAUAUGCAUUCAUGUUGGCCGAGUGUAUAAUGUGUGAAAAUGAGUGUUUAAGGCAGGCUGUCUGAUGCUAAUAGGAUUUUGAUUUGUGCCUUAUUAAUGGCAGCUGGAGGGAAAAUGUUGACUCGUUAAGCCUAAUAACUCUCACAGUGCUAUCAUUGGUGAUGAGGCCAAUAUGAAGCAUUUUAUAUACUUAUUGAAGUAAAUGAGCUCAUGCUUUCCGGUGAACGUGCUUUUAGAUUGUAUCAACUGUUCUUAGUAUGUGGUGAUAGACACAUUUAUCAGCCUUUAUCACCCACCUUUUAUUAUUUGUGUGUGAAUUUUUUUUUUUCUGUCUGAGGGGCAGUGUCUGUUGCCAACAGAAUUUUAUUUUUUUCAUGAAUUUGUUUUUUUGACAACCCAGGAAACCUCAGUAGUACUGUAUUGGGGGCACACAAAUGAAUGGUGUGCACAGUUUGCCAGUUUACAUGGGGGCAUAUUGUGUAACAUUAGUAACAUCCUUAAUUCAAAUUGUGACUCAACAGAUUUUACACUCAACAUAUUCCGACAAAAACAGAAAGCUAUUUUGUUCUUCUGUUGCUGUGCUUUCAACCAUGAAUAAAUUAAACAUUCUGGACUUUUUUGGGGAAGGGUUUUCCAGGUGUGAAACGUUAUUUAAGGUGUAAUAAAAUCUAAAUAAAUAUAGGUUUUUUUUUAACAUUACAACCUAGAGUUAAAGCAUCUUUAACUAUAAGGACAUCAUUUUUUUUCUUAAAGUUAACAAAGGGCAAACUUUCUUGUGGAGUAAAACUCAAAGUCAGGACAAUCAUAUUUGUCCAGUGAUAUUUGUGGAAUCAAUUUUACUUCCUGCAUCAACGUCUGUUAAAAUAAGUCACACUGUCCAUAAGUGCAAUUUCUACAUGAAUACAUGUUUUAAUGCUUUCUGCUUUAAUAGAGAUUACAUCUGCCUUCCAUCCGGAACAGGCCGAUUUAUUAACUUUCAAGGGGGGGUUUAACCUUCCUGGUUCUGUCUUUGUAAUUUUCUUGUGAAAAAACUUUUUUUUUGAGUAUAGCUACCCUUUUUGUCUUGUAUAUACAGUAUGUAUAAAUAAAGCCUUGUUGAGAAAG